CAGAUUCGAGAAUUUUGUUGAUAUGACACACUUAUUGUAUAAUUAAUGAAUAAUUAAAUUUCAUAAAUUGAAAUUAGAUAUAUUCGACCAAUGAAAUUGCGUUUUCGUGAUAAUGAGGGAAGCAUGCUUGUUUUGUUUAAAAUAUGAUUAUAAAUAUGAAAAUUAAGUCAGUGAAAGUCAUAUCAGCUCUAACUUUCAUUUUGAAUAGGUUAUCUGUGAUAAGAAAGUUGAAAUAAUUUAGUUCAUGUACAAAGAUUUAGUGAAAUUUAAAACAGACUUAUUUGGAUAUUAGUAAAUAAGUUGGAUAAGAAAGAACAAAAAACAUCGGAAAAUAUGUCUUUUAUGGCAAACAUUCAACCCUCGGCUCAGGGUCAGCUUGUAGCAUCCUCAGCCUUUUCUGGUUCUCAAAAUUAUUUAUCCAGAGUACCAAGUCUACCAGAAACAGUUUAUGGAACCAGUCAACUUUAUCCACAAACUUCCGGUCUUAGAACAGAAAGCGCAGGAUAUUAUCCUCCAAUGCAAAGUGGGUCAGAAUCUCUGAAAGCUCCAAGUUCUCUGGGACAACAUUAUUAUGUGGACCAGAUGAUGAACCCCCAUCCAUACAGUUCUUUGUAUCCAGGUUUCGACAUCAAUGCUAUUCGACGCAAGAAUGCUACACGAGAAACCACAGGACCUCUGAAGGCUUGGUUAAGCCAGCACAAGAAAAAUCCAUAUCCUACCAAAGGUGAAAAGGUCAUGUUGGCAAUAGCAACAAGGAUGACCUUGACCCAAGUAUCAACAUGGUUUGCAAACGCUAGACGUCGCAUGAAGAAAGACAACCUUGGUGAAUAUGACGACAACGAUGAAGGCAAAGAAAACGAAACUGGGCGCAGAGACCGCAGUGGCAGUCUAUCUAGUCGUAUGUCGCAGACGAGCAGUGAAGCAGACACAUCUAAAGAUCUGUCAGAUUUAUCCGACAUUGAGGAGAUAUCUAUCAACACAAAGCCAACAAAAAGACCUACCAAGAAGUGCGUUCAGAGGCUCUUCUCACCGGAAAUCAGAACCGAUAAUGUUAUUGACCCGUCCAGCUCACCUGAAAGCUUACCGGAUAUGACUCGGAUAAAAGAAGAAUGUCAUGAAGAACCCAUACUUCCGCCAGUCGCAGAAAUGAUGCGCACGCAACUGAAUCAAUUUCCCGCCCAAACAACAGGCACAACGGAAACAACGAGAAUUCAAAAAUCAAAGAUCUGGUCAAUAUCAGAAAUCAUUGGAUCUGCAUCAAAAACUAUCAACACAGACAAUCCAUCCAGUUAUACAUAUUCAGAAAAUACCGUACCCCAUUCAGAGCAUACGACGCAUUAUGACAGUUCAUUUUACCAAAACCAGCUUUACAACACUUAUUCAAAUUAUUACCCAGCGGUUCACACUGGGUACCCAUACGACUAUUCCAGUCAGCUGAACACCUCGGACAGUGGUCUAAGCACCGCAUCGGACUCAAAAGAAACCAUUCAGUACUUGUAAUAAAUUAUAUCUGAGAACUGUAUAAAAUGUGAAACAUAUAAAUCCAAUUUUAACGAUUAUUUAUUGUCUUUAACCUUUACCCUGCUAAAUUUCUAAAAUGGACUGGUCCGUCAUUCAAUUAGGGCAGCACCAUUUAUUAUUCAAAGGGAUGUUCACUGAAAAUUUACUGACUGAAAAGCGGACAGUGCUGCACGUCCGUGCACGAUCUUGGUCUGCACUGGUCGCAAAGGCAAAAUCUCUUGCCGCCUGCAAGCUAAAGGUUAAAAGAUAUAUGUUGGACAUUUCUGUCGAAGUAUGUAUUUACUUAUUUGUAAAUAAUGAAAUAUGAAUUAAGCAUUGUAAUUGUUUAGAUGAAAAAAAUAAA